GAUAUUGCCCCACCUCAGAGCAUCUAGACUAUGCCACUUUUAGCUCACACCGCUUUCACUAGCCACAACGGCUAACAGCCACAAUAUGCCAAGCUAAUGGCAGAAAAAAAGUUCUGAAGAUUAAACUUAUCAGAUAAAAAAAAGUUCAAUCCAAUCAACCAACCGAGUACAACAAAAUUCAAUUGCAACCGCGACAAUGGGUAAAAGCAAGUUAAAAGUCGCUCUCGCAGCAGAGAAAGGUGUCGAUUUCAAGAAAUUGAAAGAGAAGAAGAAGUAUAAGGAGAGGACCAAGAAGCGGCAAGAGAGAGGCAUCAAGAAUGGAGGGGCACCCAAACCAGAUGCUGCCGAUGAAGACGAUAGCGACUGGGAGGCCGUCGAUGAAGAGGAAGAGGAAGAAGUCGAGGUCGGCGCAUCAAUUAUAGAUGACGAAGCUGAAGAGGUCGACGACGAUGACGAUGACGAAGAAGAAGAAGAGGGUUCUAUCGACUUCGCAGCCGUGGAUGAAAGCAACGACUCCGACUCUUCCAUAGAUCUUGAGGAAAAGAUAGAGCGCCCGCGAAAAUCUGCGUUAAAGGCUAAAAAUGCUAAGCCAAAUGGAGAAAAGAAGAACAACAAGAAGAAGCCCGUUGAGGAGGAGGAUGAAGAAGAGGACGAAGAGGAAGAUGAUGAGGACAUACCUAUGUCUGACCUCGAAGACCUUCCUGAAGAAGAGAAGGAAGACUUAGUCCCGCACUCCCGCCUCACCAUCAACAACACCACCGCACUUCUCGCUUCGCUAAACCGAAUAUCCCUACCUACCGACAAAUCAGUGCCCUUCGCGACGCACCAGAGCAUCGUCGGCGUCGAGCCCACCGCCGACGGCAUCGAGGACAUCCAAGACGACCUAAAGCGCGAACUUGCCUUCUACGCGCAGAGCCUAGACGCCGCGAAGCGCGCGCGCGCCCUGCUAAAAGCCGAAGGCGUUCUGUUCUCGCGACCGACCGACUACUUCGCCGAGAUGGUGAAGGACGACGGACACAUGGAGAAAGUGAAAGCAAAGCUCGUGGAAGAAGCCAGCGCGAAGAAAGCGUCGGCGGAAGCCCGCAAGCAGCGCGACCUGAAGAAAUUCGGCAAACAAGUCCAGGUAGCCAAGCUACAAGAGCGACAGAAAGCCAAGCGCGAGACGCUUGAGAAGAUCAAGACGCUGAAGAGGAAACGUCAAGAAUCCUCCACCGACGUCGGCGCAAAAGAAGCCGACCUCUUCGACGUAGGCGUAGACGCCGAGCUCAGCGCGCACAACGCCAAGCGCGCCUUCUCGCGGGGCAAAGACGGCGAGCGCUCCACCUCCUCCUCAGGCCCAAAUAACAAGCGGCAGAAGAAAAACGAAAAGUACGGGUUCGGCGGCAAGAAGCGAAAUGCCAAGUCCGGGGACGCCGUCAGCUCUGGCGACCUGAGCUCCUUUAACGCGCGCCGCAUGAAGAGCAGUUUUGGCGGGCGAGGGGGUAGGGGAGGUGCUGGUGGUGGGGGGAGGGGUGGAGGAAGGCCGGCCGGGAGGUUGGGGAAAAGUCGCAGGAAUGCUGGGGCUGGGCGACGAUGAGUGUAUCUACCUAGGUUGACAAGAAGCAAAGAAAGGAGAGGGGAAGGGAGGAAGGGGUGGUCUAAAAGUGCAUCGCGGGAUGUAAGAAAAAUAGGGUUAGGUUAAUACGCGGAAUUUAGUCUUUAGCUGAGGUUCGUAGAGAUACCAAUCGAGGAGCCUCGCAUUGUGCCAUGCGGA